AUGGCCAUGGCCGUUCCUCUUAUUCCUCAACCUCAAUCUCCAGAAGGCUUUUACGCAAUCAACAACCAGUUUCUAACACAUGGGCCAAAAGGGUUCUCUGAGUUCACGAUGCUGGAGAACGCAGACUUGUUCGUGAGGAUGGAUUUGCCUGGAGUUCCUGAAGAAGGCGUGAGUGUUUCUCUUGAGCGGUCGAAGAAAGCUGUGGUUGUUUACGCCGAAGCACCAAAGGUUCAAAAACACGACUCCACAGACCGUCAAUACGUUACUAUGACUGGACUUGUCUGCAGAUGCUGUGAGAUCUCAAGGGUCACCACUCACAUGUCCGAUGGUGUUCUUAGACUUGUCCUCUCCAAGACUCCCAUCUUUCCACAACGCUCUUCUUGCAUCGCAUUUCUUCGUGGCCGGGGUCUCCCACAAGAUCUCCGUGGCAGUGGCACUCACAGAUUUCCCCAUGGCCGCAUUGGCACCGAUCCAAAUGACCCGGCGUUAACCGGUCCGGUAUUGCAACCACAUCCUUGGGUGAUCCCAAUAUCGGUCAUGGCUUAUGAGUCGAAGCAGCUCCAAAACGGCAAACUGUACGUGCGCGUAGACAUGCCGGGAGUUCCAAAAGAGAACUUCACUGUCUCUGUCACGAAUGGGCGAGUGAAGGUGACUGGUGAAGCUCCUGCUGUUAGCCACGACUCAGGUGGCCGUUUCUACUCUGGUGACGUGGCUAUGCUCUCUGCUCCUGUUGACAUUCCCAGCCGUCGAGUCAAAACCAUCGCCAAGAACGGUGUGAUUCGCCUCCUCAUCCCUCCAGUUUGA